GCACAGAUGCCGCGCAGGGGCCUGGGAAGGUGCGGGGGCAGGAGGACGCUGUGCUGGGCUCCCCUGGGCCCGCUGCCUUUCCGCCUCUGCGGUGAGCGCCGGUGGCGGCCCCAAGCGCCGGUGGGAGCAGCCCCGUCCCGCAGGGACUACAACUCCCAGCGCUCCGCGGCGCGGCCCGGCGGCGGCCCAGGAGGUGAGAGCGGCUGCCCCGGGAGCCGAGUUCUCCUUCAGGCCGCAGCAUGAACGGCAGCGUGGCGGGCAGCGGCUACGCCGAGGAGAUUAUCAGCCUCACCCGCAGACCCUCAGGGUUAGGCUUCAACAUUGUUGGUGGGACAGAUCAGCAGUACAUUGCCAAUGACAACAGCAUCUAUGUCAGCUGGAUCAAAAAGGAUGGGGCAGCUUACCUUGAUGGCCGAUUACAAGAAGGAGAUAAAAUUUUAGCGAUCAAUGGCAAAGACUUGAAGGAUUUGCGGCACAAGGAUGCUGUGGAACUGUUCAGGAAUGCAGGCUAUUACGUGUCUCUGAAAAUUCAGCGCAGGUUGCAGCCACAGAAUGGCCCUGUGGGUCAUGGAGGAGAUGGAGAAUCAGGUGGGCUUCCUCUGGCAGCCAUUCUUGUGCCAGGCCUGGCGCUUGCUGCGACAGCAGUCUGGAUCUUGCUGAGGUAUCGACAGCGGAUGUGAAGAGUUCACGGCUGGGAUAUCACUGCGUAUUUUACACAGCUAUGAUGCAAUUUAAAGCUAGAGAAUCAACAAUCUUGUCACAGACUGAUGCCAAAAAGGAUCAUUGCCUAUCAUCAAAGUUGCUGCUGAUGUUCGUAUAUAUUGAUUUUGUUGCAGGGUGGAUAGAAGCAGAGAGAAAAAAGGGAAGGGAGAGGACUGUGUUUAUCUGAAGAGUGGAUUAGCUGUAUUUUUUGACAAAUUGAGGAGGUUUUGCCAUCCUCUUCUAUUUUGCACCAUGAACUUUCAAACACACUCAUCUAUUCCACAUUUUAAGGUUUAACUUUUGGUUAAAGGGAGUGGGAGUGAUUUUAAAUCAAAAACAUUUUCUAGAGGCUUUGCCUUGUUUCCACAGAAUUUUUUCUUGAAUCUAAUGAAUUCUGUCCAAACCAUGAAUAAAGAGAAGCAAUGCAAAGGGUAUAUUAUUUUUCCUAUUGAAGAUUUGUCGGUUGUUGCUAAAUAAAUGCCUUAAAAUUGUAAAA